GCAGGUGCUGCUGAAGAUUGCCAGCAUACAUAUGGGAGAAGUAAUGGAAGUAGGUGGUCCGCAGAGGGCAUCCUCAUCAGCCCGAAUAGUGCCAGUAGUCCACGAUGAAGCUCCUCAACAACAAUCCCCAGUUCCAUUCAGCUCUAGGUCCACCCCGCUCGGGCUCCUGCUGCUGCAACAACAUUCAAGUAGGGAAACAUCAGAUGAAGAUUUCUGCCUUCCAACCAAUACUACUGCUGCUAUUCUCACAAUUGACAUUCCUGACAAAUUCGGUAGCCACAAAGACGACCCUGAUGAUUGGCUACCCAUUACUCAAUCCAGACGUGGAAACGCCUUCACGGCUGCUUUUCAUUUGCUAUGUUCUGGAAUCGGUAUUCAAGCCCUACUACUUCCCGUUGCAUUUGUGCCGCUCGGAUGGGUGUGGGGAACGCUGUGUUUGACACUAGUCUUCGCAUGGCAGCUCUACACCACAUGGCUUCUGGUCCAUCUUCACGAACCAGGUCCGGCAGGAGCCGCCGGAACUCGCUGCAGCAGAUACGUCGUCCUGUCAAUUAUAGCAUUUGGUCCAAAACUGGGGAAGCUGUUUGCGAUAUUUCCAACCAUGUAUCUCUCGGGUGGUACUUGCGUGGUGAUCAUAAUCACAGGGGGAGGGAUCAUGGAGCUUUUGUAUAAACUCAUAUGCGGAGAUGACCCGAAAUGCAGCUCAGAUACAGUAUUAACUGGGGCAGCAUGGUUCUUUUUUGUAUUCGUAUGCUUGGCCAUUUUGGUGUCCCAAUUCUUCCCCAGCUUGCACUCCUUAGCUCCGGUCUCGCUGAUCGGAUCAAUGGCACUUGCGACAUAUUUUUCCAUGCUAUGGACUCUUUCCAUCAGAGAAGGUAGGCCCGGAGGUGUUUCGUAUGAACCAUCUAAAGCAGCUGCAUCAGAAAUGCCUCGAAUUCGCGGUAUCAUCAAUGCUCUUGGGAUUAUUGCUCUCACUUUCAAAGGUCACAAUCUAAUCCUUGAAAUACAGGGAACCAUACCCACGGAUCCACAACAUCCAUCUCGUCAUGGGAUGUGGAGAGGAGUGACUGCAUCGUAUUUACUAAUUGCAGUGUUACUUUUUCCCCUGGCAAUAGGAGGAUAUUGGGCUUAUGGGAAUAUGAUGCCAGCAAAGGGGAUCCUAAAUGCACUGUCUACAUCAUUGAAACACCAGAGGACGUCAAAAUCUGUGAUGGCCACGAUAUACGUGAUAAUGCUAGUGCACUUAUUCAGCGCAUUCCAAAUCUAUGGAAUGCCAGUUUUCGACAACUUGGAGCGCAUAUACGUUAGCAAGAGAAACCAGGCAUGCCCCAGAUGGGUUCGCUCAGCCAUAAGAGUCUUCUUCGGAGGAUUGACAUAUUUCAUAGCCAUGGCCUUUCCCUUCCUCGGAAGUCUGGGGCCUUUCAUUGGUGCAAUCACGCUCCCCUUGACUCUGGCUUAUCCCUGUUUCAUGUGGCUUGCCAUUAAGAAACCCAAAGUCUUGAGUUCAAUGUGGUGUCUAAAUUUUGGCCUUGGUUCUUUAGGCCUUGUAAUGAGUUUUUUGUUAGCAGCUGCUGCAUUGUGGAGUUUAGUGGUCGAUGGUUUGGAUGCCAAUUUCUUUAAGCCCCAUUGACACCAUCAAUUACCUCUUCUCAAUGGAGUUAUUUAGCAACCAAACAACCGCUGAAAACAUCCUAAAAUCGAGUGCUGGUUUCAGUGCAUGACUAUGUAUGUGAAUGAUGCUUAUAUGUACUAGAAUCAAGAUACAAGUAUACUUUUGUCAUUGCUUCAAAA